UAUUAAUCAGACGCGUUUAACAACUGCAACUUCAGCAUUCUCGCUUCAUACACGCUCUCUUUACAACAUUUGUCUAUUCUAUUCGCGAACGUAUCGCUACGCCAAAGUCAACAGGCCUGCCCAACGAAUCCAGCGUCAAAGGCUUGAAGACACCUCGGCCAAUGCUCAACUUCCUACGUCUCUAGGCUCAUGCCUCGUCGUCCUCGUAAACCACCUCGACCAGGCGCCCUUGCAGACCUUGCUCCACUGCGCAUAAUCACACAGAUUGCCAUCCUUCAAAUCGGCUACUAUGUAUCCGCAGCGACACUUAUCCUGUUUACUGCCCUCGUCAUGGCGACCCCGAUAAACCUCGAUCUCCUUUUUAGCUGGCGAAGUCUACGAAGCGAUAUAACUGUAGGGUGGAUGCUUGGACUUGUAUGGAUGCUAAAUAGCUUGAUAUGCGUCAUCUACCUUCUACUGCUCAUCGCUCGUUCCAAACUCGUCCCCGACUUCGCUCUUACUAUACAUUUUAUCCACCUUAUAGCUACAUCCCUAUACACCAGUGCCAUCCCAACAUACUGGUUUUGGUGGGCACUUCAGAUCGCGAGUGCCAGCUUAAUGGUCUUUUUGGGCAUGUGGAUCUGCCAGUAUCGGGAGCUGCGACCGAUCCAAUUUGGGAAAAGUUCUCGAAUAAGCCCAACAGCUGCUAUGGCAGCUGCAACAGAAGACGACGGCGUUGGCCAUAGCCGCGGCAGAGGCCGUGGCAAGGAUAGAGAUGGCGUUGAGGAAUAUGAGAUGAUAGACACACCAGAAGUCAGCUCUCAGGCGUAGACCGUUAUGUUAGACAUGCCGUGCAAAGAUGACUGUGAUGGUGAGGGCAGUGGUCGAAGACACAAGUGGUCAUGCAUAUAUAACAAGUGGUUUUUUUUACAGAAUAGAUUUAUUCGGAUGCACAUAUUCUAAAAUCAACUCAAUAUUUGUAGACAAUACGGAAGUCGUACUAUGCGGUUUUAGUGCUAACCACGAAGUAUUGCAAAUGCU